GCUGCACGUGGAUUUGAGAAUAGCCGCAAGGGACAAGAGGGUUGGGAUAGAGGAGAGUCAAUUAGAAUGCAGACUGGAGGAUGCGGCUCGAAUAUAUAGGGAUCACCACCGUUCCGUUGAAGUCUGGUUCAAAACCAGGCCUCCGCCGCGGAUCUAGCCAACCAUUGAACGAAGAAGUUCUGCUCAGUUCAAGAUGAAGUUCACGGCCAUCACCACCGCCCUCGUUCUCACGAGCACCAUCACUGCAAAUCCAAUCUGGAAUGAAGUCCGACAAGCUACGGGCCUUGACGCCGCCAUGCGCGCCCGGAACCGCUCCUACAUCGGUACAUCCCUCACCAUCCGCUCGGACACCUCAGAAUCAAACAUUAUCAAGAAUAAAGCCGAAUUCGGCUCCAUCACGCCCGAGAAUGCGAUGAAAUGGGACGCCACUGAGGCCAGCAAGGGCUCGUUCUCUUUCUCCGGCGCCGACCAGGUUGCCAACUUUGCCACGCAGAAUGGAAAGCAGAUGCGCUGCCAUACGCUAGUCUGGUAUUCGCAGCUACCGAGUUGGGUGUCGUCGAUCAGUAGUAAUACUACGUUAAUGCAGGUUAUGACGAACCAUAUCAAUACGGUAAUGGGGAGGUAUAAAGGGAAAUGUACACAUUGGGAUGUUGUUAACGAAGCCCUAAAUGAGGACGGCACGUACCGCGAUAACGUCUUUCUUAAAGUCAUCGGUGAAAGCUACCUCCCGAUCGCCUUCCGCCUCGCGGCAGCUGCUGACCCAGCUGCAAAACUCUACUACAACGAUUACAAUCUCGAAUACGGAGAGAAGAAAUACGAAGGUGCGCUCCGCAUCGUCAAGCUCGUUCAAUCCUGGGGUGUCAAGAUCGACGGCGUUGGGCUACAGGGACAUCUCGUAUCUGAGACAACUAAGACUCAAAGCGUAUCCACUCCAUCCGUUGACGUUCUGACCGGUGUUUUGAAGGGGUUUGCGGAUUUGGGUGUCGAUGUUGCGUACACCGAAUUGGAUAUUCGCAUGAAUACCCCCACUACAACUGCGAAGUUACAGGCACAAGCAGAUGCCUAUACUAGGGUUGUUAAGAGUUGUAUUAACGUGGAAAGGUGUGUGGGAAUCACACUCUGGGGCGUUAGCGAUAAAUACUCUUGGGUGCCGAAUACGUUUUCAGGAGAAGGUGCUGCGUUAUUAUGGGAUAAUAGCUAUAACAAGAAGCCUUCGUAUACGGCGUUCUUAAAUGCGCUUUCAGCAACCUAA